AUGGCGGACCAUUUGUCUCCGCCAUGGUCGCACGUUUGUCACGUCCUCCAAUCACUCGAGCAGCGUCGCGCGAACUGCGUCGUCACCGUCGACGACGAUAGCGGUGCGACGCUAACCGGGUCGCAAUUAGUCGCUGACGUCGCAUGCCUGGCCAGAGGGCUGGAGACUCUCUGCGGCGUCGCGCCGGGGGAGCGCGUGUGCAUCGCAGCGCUUAACAGCUCUGCGUACGUGCAGUGGCUACUCGCAGUGCCGGCUGUCGGCGCCAUUCUCGCGCCUCUCAACCACCGAUGGAGCAUAGGAGAGGCGGCAGCAGCGGUGCAGCAGGUGGGGGCGACGGUGUUGGUGGUGGAUGCACACAUGCUGCCCUGGUGGGCCGCUCUCAGGCUGCUCUGCCCCUCCCUGCGACUGGGGGUUCGCAUCGCAGACGAAUCCACUUCUACGAUUCCCCCCUCUGCGUCUUCUUCCACGCUGCUCUCAAUGGAGCAAGUUCUUCGAGCGGGCAGAAAGGAAAUCACGGAGGCUGAGCAGCACGCUUUCAACGCUUCCUGCCCAACCCACCCAACCCACCACACUGCUUCACCCUCCCAUCCUCCUGACUCUCUCGCCUCUUCCUCCCCCCUUCCCUCCUCCUCCUCCUUCCUCCACCACAUACCUCUCCGCUUCGCCCCUCACCGCAUUGCACUCCUCUGUUUCACCUCGGGCACCACCGGCAUUCCCAAGGCGGCUGCUCUCUCCCACACGGCCCUCAUCUCGCAGUCACUGGCCAAGCUGGCAUGUGCGGGGUACCGCCAGGACGAUACCUUCCUGCACGUGGCUCCUCUCUGUCACAUAGGAGGCUUCUCCUCCCUCCUCGCCAUGCUCACAGCAUGUGCUCGCAACGUCCUCGUGCCUCGUUUCCUCCCCUCCAGCCUCCCCCGCCUCCUCGCCCACCACCGCAUUACCGCCCUCAUCGCUGUGCCUGCCAUGCUCACUGACUUAGUGAGUGCGUGCACCAGCAAGCAACCCACGGAACAAACAGGCACGUCAUUCCCGCACGUGAGAACGCUGCUGGUGGGGGGAGGCGCGUUGAGUCAGUCGCUGCAGCGGCACACAGAGGCACUCUUCCCAUGCGCGCGCCUCAUGCUCGCCUACGGUAUGACCGAAGCAGCCUCCUCUAUCACAUUCGCCAUGCUACAGGACCCUGCAGAGGCAGAGACGACUGGGGCAGAGAGAGCAGGGGCAGAGACACCAGCACCAUCAGCACCAACAGCAGCAGCAGCACCAACAGCAUCAGCUGCUGCGUGCUGUGUGGGCUUCCCUGCUCCACACGUUCAAGUCUGCAUCGCGCCCCUCCCUCCUGAUGACCCUCACUCUCCUCCUCCUCCUCCUCCCCCUCCUCACGGCCCUCACUCACUCCUCCCCCCUCAACAACACUCGCAAUCUCGCCCCAGUCACCCCCCACCUAACCCCAGCCAGCCUUCAGCUCAAAAUUCCUGUCCUGUAGUGGGGGAGGUGCUAACCCGCGGCCCGCACGUGAUGAGCGGCUACUGGGGCAGACCAGACGAAACCGCCGCAGUGCUCUUGCCAGACGGCUGGCUGCGCACGGGAGACAUGGGCUGGAUCGACUUUUCCGGGCAGCUUUGGCUGCUGGGCAGGCGAAAAGAAAUGAUAAAGUCGGGCGGGGAGAAUGUUUUCUGUGCGGAGGUGGAGGAGGCAGUGAGGGCACACCGGGGAGUGGCGGCAGCAGCAGCGGCAGGGGUGCCGGAUGAGAGGAUGGGGGAGGCGGUGGGUGUGCUUCUGCAGCUGAAACCGGGGUGGGUGUGGACGGGAGACAGCAGUAAUGACAGUGGUGGUGGUGAUGCUGGUGGUGCUGGCAGUGGUGGUGGCAGUGCGGCAAGGGCAGCUGUUGCUGAGUGCGUGUCAUUGCAUGACUUGCAUGCUGCUUGCCAGCAGCACGGCCUGUCCAGGUACAAGCUCCCUCGUGUGGUUGUGGCUUUGCCAGAAGGGCAAGUGCGGUCGAGUGCGGUUGAGAACGCUGCAGCUGAGACCAAUGUGACGGACGAAGGGAAGCAGCAGCGCAAGGCGGAGUGGGCGCGGGUGCGGGGGGUGGCGGAGAGGGGCGCGGUGGUGCGCGGGCGGGUGGUCUCCGCCAACGCGGGGGGGCUGAUGGUGCGCCUGGGCCCGCUGCAGGCCUUCCUGCCGCUCUCCCAGCUCGACCCCUCACGACUUAGAGGCACGGCAGCGUCACCGGCGCCCAAUGUAGCAGAUGUAACCCGAGGUCUUGUAGGCAGCAUGGUGAGCGUGAGAGUCCUAGAGCUGGAUGAAGCACGCACGCGUCUGGUGGUGUCGGAGAAGCGGGCAGCAGCAGCGCGGGGCCUGCAGCGCGUGCAGCAGGGGCGCGUGUACCCGGGGGUUGUCUCCUCGCUCACUGACUUCGGCGCCUUCGUGGACCUCUUUCAACCCGAGGGAGACAAAGAAACGAGCAAGGAGGGCAGUAACGCGGAGGGGGGAGACAAGGACGGAGAGAAGGAGGGAUCAUUUCUGGCGACGGGGCUGCUGCAUGUGUCUGAGCUCUCUUGGGAUCCCGUUCGUUCGCCUGCUGAUGUCGUUGCCGUGGGGGAUGCAGUCACUGCGUUGGUUCUGCAUGUGGACAGGGAGAGGGAGCGAGUGGGGCUGUCGUUGAAGCAGGUUCAGGCAGACCCGCUCCUCGAGACGCUAGACCGCUUGCUCCCCUUCCAACCCGCCCCAGAUGCCACCUCCCCUUCUGCCUCUGCCCUUGAGGCGUCCUCUGCAGCUCCCUCCUCCCCCCUCCCUGGCGCCUCCUCGCCUCCUCCCCUACCGGGCCUGCUAGCACUCUGCAACCAACUCAGGCAGCAACCAGGGAUUGUGUCGGUGACGUUGGGAAGGCAGGCAGUGGAGCGGCGGGUGGUGUCUCAGGACCUCGAGCUGUGGCUCUCCAAUGCGCCAGCAGCAGAGGGGCAGUUUGCACUGCUGGCUCGAGCAGGCCGACUGGUGCAAGAGGUUCAAGUUGUUGCCACUUUGGAUCGCGAGCAAAUGAAGGAAGUCCUGAAGCAGAUCUCUUAG